AUGGACUCGGCCUCAAAUACGGUUACCCUCGCUGAGGCUCUCGUAGAGAAGAAGCCUAUCCCACGUGACGAGAAGACAUUACGCAAGAUAGCUUACGCAAUAAGGGCGCAAUUUAACAUUGAAAUCUUAAUAAAACAACGAGAAAUAAAGCUAAUUAACGAAGAAUUAAGAAAAGCCGUUGAAACGAGAGAGACGUUGAGAGCAUGCAUACUAGACGACUAUUCACUACGGCGAACCGUAAAGACACCGACCAGUCCAUACUCGUCCGAAAUACCACAAAAACGAGCAUUACAGACGACUUACAUACCACCGCCACAAACAAUGUCUCAAAUACAAACUCGCCACUCAACGCGACGAACGUCGUCAACACGUGAUUCAAAUUAUCUUUAUUAUGAUUCAUGCAGGGAUCUGUACGCCAGACGAAACGAUGGGACUUUUGUAAAAUUAGCAUGUCCAAAGUGUCGCAGUUCGAAAUUUGUUAACGUACAAGGAUUCCUCAAUCAUUGUCGAUUGGCUCAUAAGAUUGAAUUUCCCAAUCAUGACGAAGCAGUAUUGGUCUGCGGUAUCCCAGUGGAUGAGAAUGUUAUACCACCAAACCAUCCAGCUCGAUCGCAGCAAAUUACUCGGCCACCUUCACUUCGUACUAUCUUAGGAGACAGCGGCGCAACUAGAACAAGCAAACGGCCAAAGAUCAAAGUAUUUGAAGAGGACGUUGAUUUGGGAGUAGACGAUAUUUCGGAUCGCCACUCUGGAGCAUUUGUUAUUUCUCCAAUUGAACAAUCAUCAUUCGAUGCUUCUCAGAAGGUAUACUCAGGAAAAGGGCGACCUCAAGUUAACGAGCCAUCAUCUCUGGAGAAUUGUAGCAGUCCUGCUGAAUCAAACAUUUCAGGCUCGUGCACACCGCUACAUCAACCUUUCUCUUCCUAUACAUUGCCUGUGAGUAAACUCAAACUGGCUACAUCUAAAAUGUUAUCUCCAACAACAUCAGACUACUCAUCUGACAGUGGAUCAGAUGAUGACAGCAGCAUUGACAUUUCUCAUGAGAAGGCACUGACACAACAGUCUGGUCAGUUGAAUGGAAAUGGAAAUGGGGUGAUAGAUACUAUAACAAAAAUUGACAUAUUACAUAGUAAAGGAGGUAAUGAGCAAAAUAUCAAAUCUGGAAAUGAAGAUGUCCAAGGGUCAACUGCUGAGACGGAUAAUGGAGAUCCCAUGGAUAUCGAAAGCAACGCUGAAAGUGAUAAAUUUUAUGGACGAGAUGCCAUGGAUAUUGAUUCUAAACAUGCAAAAACCAGUCAACGUAGCGUAACACCUGAAACAAACUUACCCGCAGCUGUUAAUAAUGAGAAACAAACGGCAUCCAUGGAUGGAUCUAGAUUUUAUUUAAAACGACGAAUCAUUGUAGGAAAUAUAUCUAAAUGGAUACCACCAGACAAAAGACAUCAAAAGUUAAAAGACUAUACCCAUCAAUGGAUGAUUUAUGUGGUUGGACCUCCAAAUGCAUCCAACGUCUCAUCGUUUAUUCGAAAAGUGCGAUUCACUCUGCAUCAAAGUUACAAACCGUAUCAUAUUGUGGACGUUGUUGAACCUCCAUUUCAACUAUCAAGGCUAGGUUGGGGAGAGUUUCCUGUACGCAUUCAGCUGUUCUUUGUAGACAAGAGAAACAAACCAGUCGAACUUGUUCAUUCACUAAAGCUGGAUUAUAGUAACACCGGAAAACAGAAAGUUGGGGAAGAACGUCGUUUUGAUUUAGAGUUGGAUCGAGAUACAACGUUUGUUGAACUCCGUCCAGAAGUAAUUGGUUCAGAUAUCAAGAGAGCGAAAUCCGGUGUUAACUACAAAAAUGAUUAUUCCAGUGCGACCACUAGUCAAACAGAUGCUUUACAAAGCGCAAAGGUCGACACUAAGAAUACAUCAGAACUCGAGAACGCUGUCGUUCGAACCGUGACUGUGGACGAGCCUGCCAAAAAUAAUUCAAAGACAAGUUUUGAUAAUAAUUUACCAAAGUCACCUUUGACAAUGUCAUCAACGAUAUUACCUUCAGAAACGUCUUCAGUCCCGCCGCAAAAUGUAACUGCACUAGCUUCAAAUGAAACUAUUCAAAUAAAAUAUUGCAGAUUUUGUGGAUGUCCAGUAAAUUGGCAUGAAAGCACCUCAGCGAAUAUUAUAUUGGCGACGUACAAGUGUAAACAUCGACCCGCAUGCUUGCGGUACAAGAAUAGUCGAUUGAGCAGUAUGGCUUCAGCAAGAGAAGCGCUUGGCACUUUCCUAGAAACCACGCAUGAAGAUGAUGACAUGGAAAUUGAUGUCGGGUCCAGCAUACACGUGUCAGAUAGUGAUAAUAGAGCAAGCUCUUCGACCAUACUGCAGAGUGAUGAUACCAAUGACUUGUUAAACAAUUCACAAUUUAUUAAUAGCCUUGAUCCAGAAGGAAUAGAUUGGAUAUGGGAUGUUGUUGAUCAAAUAAAGUUACCAACAGUAUCAGCAACACGACUGAACGUUAACGAGGAUCAAAUGCCCAUGAAUGAACGCAGGGUGGCAACCGAGCAACGUUUGAUUGUUGGAAACCUAAUAUUCCAGGCCACAAAAAAUUUUGUCAAAGAUAUUAUCAACAAAUCAUUAGAGAUUUACAAGUCAGAACUAGCUGAUGAUCCUCUGCCAAAAUCACGUCUUUCUUGUAAGGAUCGUGAAGACAUGCAAACCACAAAAUUAACAAAUCCAGACCAACUUCACGAGGGUGCAAAGAUGCUAGUUCCAUAUCAUUUAUACCGAACAUUUGUGAAUAAUUUAGACUCGUUUGAUUUCUUAACUAAUGCUAUGAUGGGUGAAACCGUUGAAGAAGAUGCCCAAAAAGAGGCCGGAUAA